CCAGCUUACACGUCCAUUAGACAUUUCCCACAUUCCAUUGUUUAUUUUCCAGUCCACCGACGGGCUGACCCGAUUUCAUCCAAAUACUCCGUACGUACUUAAAAUGCAAACAAAAAACUCAUCUUCUUCACCUGCAGCCGAAGCUCUGUAUGUAGUUUAUACAUAUACGUAUUCCCUAGAAAUAUUUAUAUACAUUUAUACAAUAAUAUAUUCAUACAUUGAAUUAUUCUUCAUCCGCGAGCUAGCUCAUUUUCCUUGAAGUCUAACGUUAAUUUUGCCUGCCCUGGAUUGACUGAUCACGAUAUUCCUUUUCUGCAUUAUCAGCUGAUGAUAUGGAAGCUUUUCUAAUUCCUAGCUCCAUCAAGGUUCAUCUCUUAAUGUGCACAACAUUAAUCAACAUUGUGAGUAAAGCUUCAAGGAUACUUGGAGCAAUAGAAUCAACUCGGCCCCGAUGCAGAUCAGGGAUGGAGUCACUUUGCUCAUUGAACAAAGCCAUCGAAGAGUUGAAGUCAAUAAUCAAGCAAUGCACUCAAUCUAGUAAGCUCUACCUUGUAUGUAACCCUCUGUAUCUACCACCUAUGUUGCACUGAAGCAGGGGCGGAGCCAGGAUACUGGGCAGGACAUGGCUCUAAGAGGAGACAUUAUACACUCAAGAUGCAUACGCUCAAGGAGAUUAAUGGAGGCCAGCCUCGAUGACAUACAAAAUAUGGUUCCUUUAUCGCUCGCUUCGCAGGUAUGUGAAUUAGGUGCUGAUCUUAGAGGUGCGACAUUUAUCAUACAAGGAGCUGAAGAGGAGGCCGCUAAGGCUGUGAAAGAAAUACUCUAUAAUCAGUUCGUUACAAAGAGUGAAGUAGAGGAGUGGAUUAAGGUUGCAAUGUCCCGACUAAAUAUUAACUCUCCAAAAGCUCUCUUGGUAGAGAAAAAAUCAAUCACAAUGAUGCUACAUAAUCUUGGCGAUGGCCAGAAGAAGACCAUUUUGACCUUCUUGCUCCAUCUUCUGAAGAAGCACGGGAAACAAAUUGUGGAGACAUAUUCUACCCAAGAAUAAUUGUAGAGUGAAUGCUACAUACGGUACCUAUAAAAAAUGAGGAUACCGUACAUAUCAUGCAUUUUAUUGAUCCAAGUCAUUAAUACAACAUUAAUUUAUAUUGCAAUAUUCAUAUUGAUCCAUGUGUACAAUUAGGUAUGAUACCUUGACGGUAUCAUACAAUUUGUCUAAUACGUAGUAAUAGACAUACUAUGCCAUGUUGAGCGAGUCCCAGCCCGUUUAUAAGUUUAUUGAUUUUAUUCCCCGUUUGGUGAGGGCUGAAUUUUGUUCACGUGACAGAUUCAGUUGA